AUGACCCUCCGCCGACUCAGGAAGCUGCAGCAGAAAGAGGAGGCGGCGGCUGCGCCGGACCCCGCCGCCCAGGCUCCAGACUCGGAAGUCGCUCCCGCCGCUCCGGCUCCGACCCCGGCCUCGGGGCCCCCCGCUGCAGCCGCCGCCCCUGGCACCCCCGGGGAGGAGCUGUACGCGGCGCUGGAGGACUACCACCCGGCCGAGCUGUAUCGCGCGCUCGCCGUGUCCGGGGGCACCCUGCCCCGCCGAAAGGGAUCAGGAUUCCGAUGGAAGAAUCUCAGCCAGAGUCCUGAACAGCAGCGGAAAGUGCUGACCUUGGAGAAGGAGGAUAAUGAGACCUUCGGCUUUGAGAUCCAGACCUAUGGCCUUCAUCACCGGGAGGAGCAGCGUGUGGAGAUGGUGACCUUUGUCUGCCGAGUUCACGAAUCCAGCCCUGCCCAGCUGGCUGGGCUCACACCUGGGGACACCAUCGCCAGUGUCAAUGGCCUGAAUGUGGAAGGCAUCCGGCAUCGAGAGAUUGUUGACAUCAUUAAGGCAUCGGGCAACGUUCUCAGACUGGAAACUCUGUACGGGACGUCAAUUCGGAAGGCUGAGCUGGAGGCCCGACUGCAGUACCUGAAACAAACCCUAUAUGAGAAGUGGGGAGAAUACAGAUGUCUAAUGGUGCAGGAGCAGCGGCUGGUGCAUGGCAUCGUGGUGAAGGAUCCGAGCAUCUAUGACACUCUGGAGUCCGUGCGUUCCUGCCUCUACGGUGCCGGCCUGCUCCCCGGCUCGCUGCCCUUCGGGCCCCUGCUGGCGGCACCUAGGGGUCCUCGUGGGGGUGUGCGGCCAGCCGGAAGCGACGCCGACGACGCUGUCUAUCACACCUGCUUCUUCGGGGCCGCGGAGCCACCCGCGCUGCCUCCCCCACCGCCCCCCGCCCGCCUACCAGGCCUGGGUUCAUCAGAGGCCCCAGCUCCUGGGCUGCUGGCUGAGCCGCGGGCCUUCUUGAGCCGCAGCGCCAGCGUGCGUUGCGGCCCCGGCCUGCGCAAAACCAAGUACCGCAGCUUCCGCCGGCGGCUGCUCAAGUUCAUCCCGGGACUCAACCGCUCCCUGGAGGAGGAGGAGAGCCAGCUGUAG